UCUGCUCCUUGCUGCAAGGCUCUCUCUGUUUUCGAGUUCAUAUAUAUAUAUAUAUAUAUAUAACAUUGACUCCAGUCUCCCACCCAGCACACUAAAAUAGUAAAGUGCCAAUUUUGUGAGACUUUCCCAUUCGUUUACCUAGCAGUUUCUGAAUCCUAAUUUUGAGUAAUUGAAAACACACAAAAUAAAAAAAUAAAAAAUAAAAUGGCAGCGGUGCGUGACGCCUCUGGCUUUGCCGGUGGUUCUGGAGGCGGAGACGGUGGUGCGUGUUGCUCGCCAUUGUCGCCGAUUCAGUUGCCAGAACCCAUCAAGGAAAUGGAGAAAGCAAGGAAAAAGGAAAAUGAGAGACCCAAAGAGGUGGUAGUUUCAGUGGAGGAGGAAAAAGAGGAAGAAAAGAUGGUGGUGAAAUUGAAUUGUGGUGAUGGCGUUGGGUCGUCUUCCUCGUCUUCACCCACUGAAGAAAAAGCAGCAGAAGAGGCUGUGGUCCAAAUCAAAGAAGAAACAGUAGAGCUUGUUGAUGAUCAUGUCGAUCGCUUGGGUGAACCAGAUGUUGGUUCUGGCAGUGGCUCGUGUUCUUCGUCCUCAUCGCUGGUGUUGCCAAAACCCAUCGAGGGUUUGCAUGAGGUUGGUCCACCUCCUUUCCUGAACAAGACCUUCCAAAUGGUGGACGACCGGGAAACCGAUCCGAUCGUGUCGUGGAAUCAAGGUCGUGAUAGCUUCAUUGUCUGGGACUCCCAUGAAUUCUCCAAACAUCUUCUUCCCAAAUACUUCAAGCACUGCAAUUUCUCCAGCUUCAUACGCCAACUCAAUACUUAUGGAUUUAAGAAAGUUGAUCCGGAUCGAUGGGAGUUUGCAAAUGAAGGGUUUCGAAGAGGGAAGAAGCACUUGUUGAAGAAUAUAAAGAGAAGAAGUAGAUACAGCAAGCAGCAAGGAGGAGCAAUAGCCUGUGUUGAUUCAGGAAAAGAUGGAUUGGAAAGUGAAGUUGAGACUCUGAACCAAGAUCACAACACUUUGAAAAUAGAAAUCCUGAAAUUGAAACAACUACAAGAGGAUUCACACAGUCAAAUAAGUGCUGUGGAAGAGCGGAUUAGGUGUGCAGAGUGUAAGCAACAUCAGAUGUUCUUGUUCCUCAUCAAAACAGCUAAAAACCCCACCUUUAUUCAUCAACUAAUCCAGAAAAGGAUUCAAAAGAAAGAGCUUGAUGGGGUUGAAAUCAGCAAGAGAAGAAGGUUGCUUUCAAACCCAUAUCCUGAAAGCUUAGCUGAGGGCAUUGAAACCACUCAGAGUGUCAGUAACAAGAAGAAAUUUCAUGAAGAAAAGCUGCCAAAGCAGUCUGUUGGCACUCAAAACUUUGCAGAGCCCAUUUUCACCAACCCAACGGAAACGGUUUUCUCAGUUCUUAUGGAUAAUGAAUCAUGUAGUUGUAUCCAGGAUCAAAAGGCCAAGGAGAUGCGUGGAACAGGUAAUGGUCCGGAUAUGUCCUCUGUUUAUAAUGUUAUGUCAGAGAACCUUCUGGGGGAUUAUUCCAUUUUUGAUGAAGAAUCAGCUGUGAAUGACUCUGUAUUCUACCAUGAACUGGAGGAUUUGAUUGCAAAGCCACGCGAUUGGGGUGGAUAUUUUGGUAGCCUGGUCGAGCAAACCGAUUGUGUCUGGUCAACGCCUUAAAAGACUCCGUAGGUCCCAAUUAAAGCUAGGGAUGAAGAGCAAUGGAUUGAAGGUUUUCAUUGAAGCUAGAAUUCCUUAACCCAGAUUGGGCGAUGCGAGUUGUUUUAACUGUCUAUAAUAUGUUAAUAUCCAGCUGACUUGGCACUUUCUUCGUUUCUUUUUUGCUCUUGCUUUGUUUAGUCUCUUUAGAUUGUAAAACUUCACCCUUUUGCAGUCGCAAGUGCAAACACUUGUUAGUAGCAUGAAUAUAUGUUUUGUGUCUCUCUCUCCUUUUAGAUUAUAAACAAGAAUUUUACAGCUGCACUUUAGGUGCUUAGACUUGGCCUUUCUUAGUUUCCAUCCACCUAAUGUUUUGAUAUCUUUUGCUUCAAUGAAGUAUUUUGUUAAAAAUAACUUCGUAAUAAAAUAUGUAAAAUGUUUCCAAAAUA